GCGGGAGGCGGCGGGGCCGCGGCCCGGGCGGAGCAGCGCGGCACAGCCGAGCCGAGCCCAACCGAGCCGAGCCGAGCCGAGCCGGGCGGUGCCGGGCCGGGGCUGUCAGCAGCAGGGGAGAACCCAGCGGGGGCCGGGCCGGGCCGGGCACCGCGGUGGGAGCUCAGCGCAGCCCUGCGGGGAGGCCGCUAUGCCCGGGGGGUGCUGAGCCGGGCGGAGCGGGACCGGGACGAAGCGGGACAGCGAGGAGAGGAGCAAAGCAAAGCUCGGCCGGGCCCGGGCCGGGCCGGGCCGGGCUGGGCCGGGGGAGCGGCGUUGCGGGGCCAUGCCAUGCCCGUAGGGAGAGAUGCCUUUUGGAAAUGGAGACACUGGAUCACAGCGCAAACAUGGCGUCCCCGCGGCGCGGCUGCCCCUCUCGGGCUGGUGCCUGCUCUGCUCCCUGCUGUGCGGGGGGCUGGCGGCCGGCAGGACCCCCCCCACCCCACCCCCGGCCCCCUCCUGCCAGCCCUGCGCCGCCGACUGUACCUGCACCGACGGCCGGCCCGGCGCCGCCUGCAUCGCCAACUGCUCGGCACGGGGGCUGCAGCGCCCCCCAGGAGCCCCCCCGGCCGCCACGGCCCUGGAUCUUUCCAGUAACGAGAUCAGUGUUUUAGAUGUUCAGACGUUCAGAAGCCUGACUUCUCUGGCAAAACUAGAUAUAAGCCACAACAAGAUUUCUACAUUAGAAGAUGGAAUAUUUGAUAAUUUAUUUAAUUUAAGUGAAAUAAACUUAAGUUGGAAUCCAUUUUUUUGUGACUGCAAACUUUCCUGGUUGCCCCGCUGGGUGGAAGACAGAAAAGUGACGGUUCUCCAGGCGUCAGAUACGAGGUGUGCCCAGCCUCCUGCGGUGGCAAACCUUUCUCUCUUCAACGUUUCGUUCGUCAACACUACUUGUGGAGCUCAAUAUAUAACGUGCCUGACAAGCAACCACACAGGUGAGGCUGAACUGCUCAUCCUCUUCACGUCUGCUCACCCCGGGAACCUCACCAACGAGACCUGCAGCGCGCUCUGCUACGCCGAAGGCCAGGAAUACGGAGGUUUCAGCACCCAGGGGCAGUGUUUGUGUGGUUCUGCCCAUGAACCGAACUCUUCCUCCAGUUGUUUGCUGUUUUGCACUGAGCAUUUGCCUGGGCAGGCCUGCAGUGGCCCAUCACUCGUCCACUUUCACUUCAAGGCUCAGCUGUCUGUGUCUUUCACAGGACUCCAGCCCCGGUAUGGCCUAGACCAGGCCGUGCUCUUCAACGUCAGUAUUCCCAUUGCCGUCAGCACUUUACAGUGGAAUUUUGGGGACCAGACAGAGGUUCUCAACACCACUGGAAAUGCAGUUGUCCACAGGUAUGCCUUACCUGGGCAGUACAAUGUCACCGCCACCGUCUUUGUGGGCGCCAGGUUCACAGACGUGCAGGCAGAAGUUGAGGUGGUGGCUUCGCCCCAGAAGUUAGAACUGCAGUGCCCUUCCCUGAUCAAGACCAACGAGAGCCUGGACAUACGGAUCCGUAACAGAGGCGGCAGUGGCCUCACGGUGUUGUACAGCAUCACGGCAGAGGCUGGAGAGCUGAGCAGAGCGGUUCACCCCAUGUGUCCCCCCGAUGGCUUGGUUUUCCCGGGCAACAACCACUGCUACCGGCUGGUGGUGGAGAAGGCCGAGUGGCAGGAGGCACAGCGGCACUGCAAGGAGCACAGCACCGGAGACCUGGCCUUUGUCAGCAGCCCUGAGAUCCAGGCCUUCCUGGUCGCCCACGUCAUCAGGAGCCUCGAUGUCUGGAUUGCAUUCAAUGAUUUUGCAAGCACUGGAGCGCAGCAAAGAGGCGAAGGAUUUAAUCUGGAGAGCUGUCAGAACUGGCUGCCAGGAGAACCGCAUCCAUCAAACGCUAAUCACUGCGUCCGGAUGGGCCCAACCGGGCAGUGUAACACGGACCUGUGCAUGGCCAAGCACAGCUACGUGUGCGAGUACAAGCCAGCAGGAGUUCUCUUAAAUGCCGAAAACUUCCUUGUGGGAAACCCUGUGUUUGACACACACAUGGCUUUGAAAAACGUGACAGAAGACGUGCUGUCAGCUCCAGUGCAAGCUGGGGAGGUGAUGGUGUUCCCUGACCUGGCGUUCGAGCAUGAGGGGUAUUUGACUGCCCUGGAGUUUGUGACACAAGACCUGCAUCAGCCCGUUCAAGUGAGGUUCCAGGUGCACAGACCAAUAGAUGGAGAAGAUUACCAGGAGGGACAAAAUGCUACAGAACCAUUCCGUACUUCUCAGGAUGAUGGGAACUGGACUCUACUUGAAUGUCCUCCUGGCUUCCAGUGGUGUCAUUUGACUGAUUUGUGCUCAUCGGCAAACAACUGCUGCAAUGCGACAGAGUGCACCAACAGCUCUCUUGCCAGCAGCCCCACGUUCCUUCAGCACAAUGAAAGCCAGCCCAGCUAUCAGCUCAUCAAGGAGUUUCUCUUCACAGUACCAGCUGGCCCUUCCUCCCCCUACCUGGUCACGUUCAGAAACGAAGAUAUUUUUGUCAGGGCCAAGGAUGUCUUCAGCAUCCAGCACAGCGCAGGCCUGGGCUCGUUCCUGCAGUGCCAGCCAAGCCCCACAUCCCCUAAUAAAACCAACUUCUUCAGCACAAAUUCUUCAGACUGGGCAUUCGGGCUGUCUGCCAGCUCCACCUCGGCCACCUGGAUCAACGACACGGUUUGCUCUCUCCGCGUUCGCUACGCCGAGGAGCAGCAGGUCCCAGUGAUCAGCCCCCACAACACGGGGCUGGAGCAGCCGGGGCCCUACACGCUCAGAGCCAGCGUGGACAACGGCCCCUUCAGCGCCAACCUCUCCUGCACGUUCUGGGUCACCUCCCGGGUGUCGGGUCUGCGCGUUGUCCACCCGGCUCCGCAGGGGGGCAAGGUGUACGUGCCCUCCAACCACACCUCCCUGCUGGUUAAGCUCUCCUCGGGUGCCAACGCCACGGCCCGCUGGCUGGGUGACAACCACAGCGUGCCCUUCAAGGGGAGCUGCCCCACGGCUGUGGCUCUGCUGACGGCCGAGUGCGCCAGGGACACCAACGACACCUGGUUCGCCGUGCUCAGCCUGAGCGGCCUCAGGGAGGGGGCCAGCAGCCACGUGCUGGUGGCGGAGAACGCCGUCAGCUCCCAGAACAUCACCGUCGUAGUGAAAGUGGAGGAGCCCAUCCGCGGGCUGAGGGCCACGCCUGACCCUGAGAGCAGGGUCCUGCUGAACACGCGAGUGAGCUACGUCCCUGUGAUGGAAGCCGGGUCAGAUGUGACUUUCCGAUGGACGGUAGAUGAUAAGCCAUCUUUCACUUUUUACAAUGUUGUCUUCAACGUUAUCUACCAAAGCCCAGCUGUGUACAAGCUUUCGCUCACCGCCUCCAACCACGUCAGUAACUUUACGGUCAACUACAACGUCACAGUAGAGAUGAUGAACAAGAUGAAGAACCUGACUGUGCUGGGUGUCCUGCCUGUCCUCCCCCAGAACAGCUCCGUGGAGUUCACAGCCAGAGUCCAGGUUGAUUCAGCCGUGGAUGCUCUGUUCCUGUGGGAUUUUGGAGAUGAUGUCCAGGAGACAUACCAGUUCAAACCUCCCUACAACAAGUCUUUCCUUGUCCCUGAUCCCAGCGUCCAUGAGGUUGUAAUCGAGCACAAUGUCACACACGUCUAUGAACACCCAGGUGAAUACGCUCUGAUGGUUCAAGUAUCAAACCAGUUUGAGAACCUCACCCACUUGGUCCCAGUUCACAUCCACAGUUACCUGAUUGAUGUGAAGAUGGAAGCAGAGGAAGAUGUUUUGGUUGUGAGCCGUCCGGUCACCUUCAGAGCUACUGCACUGCCGUCCCCUUACGGUGUCUGGUACACCUGGGACUUCGGGGACGGCUCCUCACUGUUGACAGUGAGCCAGCCUACGGUGACCUACAGCUACUCCAGAAGAGGGGUCUACAACAUCACCGUGUCCGUGAACAACACCAUAAGCAGUGUGGAGACAGUCGAGUGUUACCAGGUGUUUGAAGAGAUAACGGGGCUCAGCGUUUCUGUAGAUGAGGCAGCGGAGCUGGGUGCAGCGGUAACUGUUAAUGCUUCGGUGCAGACAGGGGACAGUAUCACCUGGAUAUUCGAUAUGGGGGACGGGACAGUGCUGAGGAGCCAGGUGCCAGUGGUUGAGCACGUGUACACAAAGGACAUCAACUGCACCGUGAACGUGACAGCUGUGAAUCCUGUGAACUCUGUCUCCCAGAGCGUUCCUGUUCGGAUAUUUGUCUUGGAAGUGCUCAGAAUAGACCCUACUUCUUGCAUCCUUGAGCAUCCAGAUGUGCAGCUCACUGCGUAUGUGACGGGGAAUCCUGAUGAAUACAUCUUCGACUGGACCUUUGGAGAUGGCUCAUCCAACAUCACAGUCAGCGGGGACCCUGUAGUGAUGCACAACUUCACCCGGAGCGGGACGUUCCUCCUCUCCCUGACCCUCUCCAGCAGGUUUAACAAGGCUCAUUAUUUCACCAGUGUCUGCGUGGAGCCUGAGAUAGUCAACGUCACGCUUCUCCCUCCCAAGCAGUUUGUGAGGCUUGGUGAGGAGAGCAGCUUCCAGGUCAGUGCCAUGCCCCCCUACCAGUACCGCUACCGCUGGGAUUUUGGAAACAAUGAGUCCACGAGGUCGAGUGGGACUGAAGUCACCUACACCUACAAGAACACAGGGGUCUUCCUGGUCACAGUGACUGUCUCCAACAAUGUCUCUUUCAAUAACGAUACGGCAUUUGUGGAAGUCCAGGAACCCGUUGGGGUAGCAAAGAUUGAAUAUAAUGGGACAAGGGUGUUGGAGCUGAACCAGAUCUACCUGUUCUCUGCCAGCAUGAAUGGGACCAAAGUGAAUUACUUCUGGGACUUUGGAGAUGGCACUACCCAGCCUGGCCAAAUCACCACUCACUCCUACAACAACACAGGCCAUUACACUAUUGGUGUGACAGGCCGGAAUGACGUGAGCUCCAAUGAGACCAGGAUUGAGGUCACGGUGAAACGGCGGCUUCAGGGGAUUACCAUCAAUGCCAGCAGGACAGUGGUGCCGUUAAAUGGCUCGGUGAGCUUUGUGUCCACACUGGUAGCUGGCAGUGCCAUCCGCUACUCUUGGAUCCUCUGUGACCGGUGCACUCCCAUCCAAGGCUCCUCCACAAUUUCCUACACCUUCCGCUCCGUGGGCACGUUCAAUGUUAUCGUGACAGCAGAGAACGAGAUCAGCUCGUUGCAGGACAGCAUCUACGUCUACGUCCUGGAACAGAUCGAAGGCCUGCAGGUGGCUAGCAGUGACCUGGUGGAGGAUGUCUACUUCCCAACAAACAAAACGCUCCAUCUGCAUGCAGUGGUGAGAGAGGGGACAAACAUCUCUUACAGCUGGGUAGCCCAAAAAGAUGGCCAUGCCGUGCAGACCUUUACAGGGAAAACCUUUUCCUUGAACAUCCUAGAAGCUGGGAACUACACCGUCUAUCUGAAAGCCACGAACAUGCUGGGAUGCGCAACUGCUAACAAGACACUGGAAUUCAUCGAAAGCCUUGGUGUUUUAAAGCCUUAUGCCUUCCCCAACCCAGUUGCCAUUAAUGCCUCUGUUAAUAUAAGUGCCACCAUAACCAGCGGCACUGGUAUUACCUACGUUUGGUACCUGGAGGAUGGCUUCUCUCCCGUUACAUCUGAACCCUUCAUUAUACACUCCUUCCAAAGCCCUGGAGCUAUGGAGGUCAUCGUUGGAGCAGAAAACAAGCUGGAUUCGACCAAUGCAACAAUUUAUGUCUGUGUGGAGGAGGUCAUAGAGGGGCUGAGUAUAGGCACUGCGGAACUGGACUGUAGGUAUGUCUCUUCAGGCUCCACUGUGGUCUUCGAGGGGGAGCUGCAGAAGGGGACUGAAGUGACGUGGCUUUGGGAGGUGCCAAAUGGCACGUUGACAGGCCAGUCCGUGGCAGUCACGUUCCCCACAGCAGGCUUUUAUACCGUCUAUCUGAAUGCAUCAAAUGACAUCAGCUGGGCUCUGGCCAGCAGGAAUAUCUCCGUGCUGGACAGGAUUCAAGGACUGGAAGUGCUUGCCAGCAAGAAGGUGGUGGAGCCAGGAGAACAGGUCACCUUCAUCAUCAGGAUGGUGUCGGGGACCUCAGUGAGUUACUUGGUGAGCAUAAGUGGGGACUACUCUGUGGUGCUCAACGGGUCCAAGUACACGCAUGAGUUCACCAAGAGCGGCGAUUACUUGGUGACCGUGACCGUGCAGAACCAAAUCAGCAUCGCUCAUGCCCAGGUGCUCAUCUCCGUCCUGGAGGCCGUCCGUGAUGUCAGGCUCCUGAACUGCUGCGAGCGAGGCGUGCCCACGGGCACGGAGAAGAGCUUCAGCGCCCAGGUGGGGAGCGGCUCCCGCGUCUCCUUCUCCUGGCAGUUCUCCCUCUGGAAAGAGCAGGGCCGCUCCGUGGUCACCAUGGCAGGAGAGAGCGUUUCCUACACUCCAGAAGCUGCGGGGCUGCUCGAGAUUUACCUCCGUGCCUUCAACGACUUGGGAGGUGUCAAUAUCACCAGAACCAUCCAGGUCCAGGACCCGAUAGUCCACGUCUCCCUCACCGCCUCCAAUGCCUUUGUCAACAGGACAGCGCUGUUCGAGGCCGUGGUGGUGCCCAGUGCCAGGGGUGUGGAGUUCCUGUGGACCUUCGGGGACGGCUCUUCCACCCAAACCACCAGGGUCGCGGUGGCCAACUAUUCUUACCUGAGCCCUGGGGAUUACCUGGUGGAGGUGAACGCCACCAAUCUCAUCAGCUUCCUCACGGCCCGCCUCACCGUGACCGUCAGAGUUCUGGAGUGUGAGGAGCCAGAGGUGGAGCUGGCCUUGCCCCCUCAAGUCGUGAUGAAGCGGUCCCAGAGGAACUACCUGGAGGCACAGCUUGACCUGCGGGGGUGUAUCAAGUACCAGACGGAGCACCUGUGGGAGAUAUACCGGGCACCCAGCUGCCUGAGCCUGGACGAGUCCAGCAGGAUCUAUCUGCCCAACGUAGAUGUGAACAGGCCGCAGCUGGUUAUACCAAAGCUUGCCCUGGAAGUCGGGAACUACUGCUUUGUCUUCAUCGUCUCCUUUGGAGAUACCCCACUGUCCAAAAGCAUCUUUGCCAACGUGACCAUGAUACCAAGUAAACUGGUCCCAAUCAUUGAUGGGGGCUCAUACCGCGUGUGGUCCAACACUCAGGACUUGAUCUUGGAUGGGGAGAAGUCCUACGACCCGAACUUGGAAGAUGGUGAACAGACUCCGCUGUUUUACCAAUGGUCUUGUACGUUCUCCUCCAAGCAGAGCUCGGCUGCAGGGUGCUCUCUGAAUUUCAGUGCCAGUGGAGGAAAUGUCACAAUUCCCAAAGCUGAAUUAGAAGCAGAUGUGGAGUACACGUUCAACCUCACUGUCUGGAAGGAGGGCAUGAGUCCCGAGGCAACAAAUCAAACCGUGUUCAUCAAGAGGGGAGGAGUCCCUAUCGUGUCCCUGGAGUGUGUUUCCUGCAAGGCUCAGUCUGUCUACGAAGUCAGCAAGAGCUCCUACGUGUACCUGGAGGGGACCUGCCAGAACUGUCACAAUGACUCCAAGCUCGGGAGAUGGGCAGCGCACAGCUUUAAAAACAAGUCCCUCGUGCUGGACAAAAGAACUACAUCCACUGGCGAUACAGGAAUGAACCUGGUCUUGAGGCAAGGGGCGCUGAAGGACGGCGAGGGGUACACUUUCACCCUCCACAUCACAGACCUCACAACAGGGGAGGAAGGCUUUGCCUCCAUUGACCUGCUGCCCAACCAGCCGCCUGUCGGAGGGUCCUGCAGGCUGUUUCCCAGAGGACCGCUCAGGGCACUGAUGGCAAAGGUGCACUUUGAGUGUACAGGCUGGCGGGACACAGAAAACGUGGACGACCCGCUGGUGUACAUCCUGCUGGCGUCGCGCCGCCGCGCCGGGCACUACCACGAGUUCUGUGUGUACAAGGGCAGCCGUGCCGAGCACAGCGCCUUCCUGCCCCCCGGCUUCCAGGAGAGUGGCUUCGUGGUGUCCGUGUCAGUCCUCGUCCAGGACCAGCUGGGUGCCACCGUGGUGGCCAUUAACCGCUCCAUGGAAAUCGGCUUACCCAGGGGCUUCCCCAGCCUCUCCUACUGGCUCUACAAUCAAACCGACACCGUGCUCCAGGGCUUAGUGAAGCAGGGGGACCCUCAGCAGGUCAUCGAGUACUCCCUGGCCCUCAUCACCAUCUUAAAUGAGUAUGAGCGGACAGAGCUUCUGGAGCCUGAGACUGGGAACGAGUUUGAGCUGCGGACCUGGACCCGCAACAACAUCACAGAAACCCUGAACUCGCUGAACGUGAACACGGUGGAUGACAUCCAGCAGAUCUCAGCAGCGCUGGCUCAAUGCACGGUGGUGAGCAAGGAGAUGGUCUGCAAGUCCUGCCUGACGAGGACCUUGAACAAGCUGGAGACCAUGAUGACCAUUCUGCAGGGGGAAACGACCCAGGGCACCGUGACCCCAACGGGCAUCGCCGACAACAUUCUCAACAUCACAGGUGACUUAAUCCACCUCGUCAAUACGGUUUCACAAGAGUCCAAGCCCCAGGAGCUGCUUGCUGAUUCCCACAACCUGCUGCUGGCUCCCAAAGCCUACAACCUGUCUUCCAGCCUGAUGCGCAUCCUCAUGAAGUCUCGUGUGCUGAAUGAAGAGCCCCUGGAGCUGGUGGGGGGAGAAAUUAAGGCCACAGGCAAAAGAUCUGAUCCCUUUAACUUGCUUUGCUAUGAGAACACGCCGAACUGCCAGUUCUCCAUCCCCCAGGCUUUCAACACCACCCUUUCCAACUUGACCGACGUAAUUCAAGUCAUGUUCCAAGUGGACUCCAACCCGUUCCCCUUUGGUUACAUCAGCAACUACACCGUGUCCACCAAGGUGGCCUCCAUGGAGUUCCAGACCCACAACGGGGUGCAGAUCCCCAUCGGCAGCCUGGACUCGGAGAAAGCCAUCACUGUAAUGGUGUCAAACAACACGGACGCUGACAAUCUGGCUGCUGGCACUGAGGUCAUCGAGGCAAGAACAUCCGUGAACCUCAUCGUGACCAUGGAGAGCAACAACCGAGAAGCAGGACUGCACUUCAGGCUCACCUACAAAGUCCUGAACGAUCAUUACAUCGCGAGCGAGCCUGAGCCGUUCAUCAUGGCCUAUCUCCACCACGAACCAGAGCCCAACGAGUACAACUGCACUGCCUCGAAGAAAAUCAGCCUGGAGGCCCUGUCUGGAGAUGACCACAAGCUCUACACCUUCUUCACCUCACCGCUGACGGAUGACACCAUCCAGAAGUAUUACUUCAACAUCACCAACCAUUUCAGCUGGUCCCCGGUGGAGGUGACCCUGGGGCUGUACACGUCCCUGUGCCAGUACUUCAGCGAGCAGGAGCGACGCUGGAAGACAGAAGGCAUCGUCCCGCUCGAGGAGACCAGGCCAGACCAGGCCGUCUGCUUAACCCAGCACCUCACUGCCUUCGGGGCCAGCCUCUUUGUGCCCCCAAACUCUGUCCAGUUCAUCUUCCCUGCUCCAGGCCCGGGCCUCAACUACAUCGUUCUGCUGACAUGCGCCGUCUGCUUUGUGACUUACUCGGUGGCCGCGCUGAUUGUGCACAAGCUGGACAUGAUUGACAUCAACCGCGUCGGGGUGAUUCCCUUCUGCGGCAAGAACGGGCUGUAUAAAUACGAGAUCCUGGUGAAAACUGGCUGGGGCAGAGGAUCAGGUACCACAGCGCACGUGGGGAUCGCCCUGUACGGCGUGGACAACAAAAGUGGGCACAGACACCUGGACGGGGAAAACGCCUUCCACCGCAACAGCCUCGACGUGUUUCAGAUCGCCACGGAGCGGAACCUGGGCAGCAUCUGGCGCAUCCGCAUCUGGCACGACAACAAAGGACUCAGCCCCUCGUGGUACCUGCAGCACGUCAUCGUCCGGGACCUGCAGAGCAGCAAGAGCUACUUCUUCCUGGUGAACGACUGGCUGUCCGUGGAGAGCGAAGAGAACGAUGGCAUGGUGGAGAAAGAGGUUUAUGCUGCCAGUGAGACGGAGCUGAGGAGCUUCUCCCGGAUCUUCAUAGCAGAGCUGCAGCGAGGCUUCUUCGAGAAGCACAUCUGGCUGUCCAUGUGGGACCGCCCGCCUCGCAGCCGCUUCACCCGUGUCCAGAGGGCCACCUGCUGCUCCCUCCUCAUCUUCCUCUUCCUCUGUGCCAAUGCCGUGUGGUACGGCAUGGUGGGGAACGUACACCUCAGCAACAGAGCCAUUUCCAACCUGGUGCCUGUUAACGUGGACACCGUGGCUGUCGGUCUGGUGUCCAGCGUGGUGGUCUACCCUCUCUACUUGGUCAUUUUAUUCCUCUUCCGGAUGGCUCGUGGCAAGGUCUCCAUCAACCACACGCUGACUCACUCCGACCAGCAGUCCCUGGAGAUCGACAACUACCUGGACUCCUCCAUCCUCGACAGCUCCUUCCCCACCUUCCCUGGGCUGCGGGCAGAGGCCUUCUCUGAGCAAACCAAGACAGAUCUGUUCUUGGAGGAUUCCAAAAGCCUCGUGCGGUGGCCCUCCAGCGAGGCGCUGCUCAGCUGGCCAGACCUCCUCAGCAACCCCUCCAUCAUGGGCAACACCAUCCAGAAGCUGAAGAGAGGCCAAGCCAGCCGCCACCUGGGGCUCGAGGCUCCGCUGGCAGCUGAGGAGGACAGCCUGUCGCUUGGCGUGCACCAGGGGCAGCCGCGGUACUUCUCUGCCUCAGAUGAGGACCUCAUCCGGCAGAUCCUAGCAGAAGGAACUAGUGGCAUCUCCCACUCCCAGGACCUGGGGCCGUACAUGAGGGCUGAAACAGAUCUGAUCUCAGGCCUCUCCAGUGUGUUCGGGGAGAAGGUGGAGACUGUCAUGAUGCAGAAGCUGAACGACAAGGGCCAGGGCAUGGCAGCCCCUCCCCGGGAAGUGAGCAGGUCGGCCAAGUCGACGUGGACAGUUGCAGACCAAACAUUCAGGAAGCGCUUGCUGCCCCCCUGGUGCUCCUAUCUGGCUCAUGGCAUCAGCCUCUUCCUCUUUGCCACCUCCACGGGGGUCUCGGUGUGGAUCGGGGUGGGUUUUUCCUCCAGCGUCGCCCUCAUGUGGCUUAUCUCAGGGAUAUUCAGCUUCCUGGCAUCCUUCUUGGUCUGGGAGCCCCUGAAGGUGCUGCUGGAAGCCCUCUAUUUCUCACUGGUCGCCAAGCGCUUGCACCCAGAGGAAGACGACACCUUGGUGGAGCACCCGUUUGUUGAGCACGUUUCUGAGAAGAUCAGCAAAGUCCGACCCCCCCAGGGAUUUGCCCUUUUCCAGGCCAAGGAGGAGGCCAGGAAGGUCAAGCUGCUGCACAGGAUGCUGAAGAACUUCCUCAUCUACAUGAUGUUCUUGCUGGUGAUCCUGCUCACCAACUACGGAGACGCCACCCGCAACAGCAGGGCCUUCCUCCUGCAGAGCUCCAUCAAGCAGCAGCUGGGCAGCAGCGAAUUCCUCCGCAUCAAGAGGUCGGAUCAGUUUUGGGUCUGGAUGUCGCAGGUGUUCCUCCCGUACCUCUACAACAACCGCUCAGGUCAGGAGAGCCACAGCACCACGCUGGGGGCAGCCCGGCUGCGCCAGCUCCGGCUGCAGGAAGCUGAGUGCCAGCUCACUGCCCAUGACUUCGUCCGUGGGCUGGGCACGGGUGCCGGGAAGAACUGCAACACCUCGCCCGGCUUCUCCACGGCUGACUAUGCAGCUGGCUGGCAAAGGGCAGCCGUGAACGUGACGGCCGCGUGGUCCUACUCGCCGCCCGACCUCACCGGGGUCUGGUACUGGGGUUACAUCUCUUUCUACGAUACCGGUGGCUACAUCCAGGAGCUGGGGGCUUCGCUAGAGGAAAGCAGGGCUCAGCUGCGUUACCUUCAGCAGCACACCUGGAUCGACAACAUGAGCCGGGCGGUCUUUGUGGAGCUGAUGCAGUACAACCCCAGCGUGGACCUGCACGCUGCCAUCACCCUGCAGCUGGAGUUCCUGGGCGCUGGCCAGGCCGUCACCGCGCUCUCCAUCAGCCCCUUCCCGCUGCUGCGGCUCAGCAGGGGCGUCACGCUGCAGCUGCUCAUGAUGGUCUUCCUCAUGAUGUUCGUGGUUUACUUCGUGGUGUCCGAGUCGCUUUCCAUCAAGAAGGAGGGCAGGGCCUACUUCACCCUGUGGGGCAACUACGGCCAGUGGGUCUUCAUCCUCCUCACCACCUGCACCGUGGUGGUGCACCUCAGCCAGGCCACCCUCGCCGACCAGCAGUGGCUCAAGUACCUCAACAACAGGAAGGGCUUCACCAACUUCUACCAGGUGGCCUUCCUCAACACCAUCUUCAGCACCUUGGCUGCCUCCCUCCUCUUCCUCCUGACCGUGCAGGCGGCCCAGCAGCUGCGCUUUGUCAGGCAGUGGUCUGUGUUCGGGAAGACCUUUCAGAAGUCCAUGAAGGAGCUGAUGGCUGCAGGGCUGGCCUUCGUGGUCCUCCUCCUGGCGUAUGCACAGCUUGGCUUCCUGCUUUUCUCCUCCUCCUCGGAGUCCUUCCGCAGCGUGGGCAGCAGCCUCCUGCUGCUCUUCGCCAUGGUGCGGGGCAGCACAAACCUCCGCCCCUGCCCACCCGAGUCCUCCGGCCUCUACUACCUGUUCUGCACCAGCUACAUCAUCCUGGAGGUGUGGAUCGUGCUGAGGCUCUUCACCGUGGUGCUUGUCUACAGCUACCGGGAGAUGCACUUCGAGCUGUACCGUCCUGCCUUCGAGCCCCAGGACUACGAGAUGGUGGAGCUCUUCGUGCGCAGGCUGAAAAUGUGGAUGGGCUUCAGCAAGGCCAAGGAGUUCCGCCACAAGGUGAGGUUUGAAGGCAUGGAACCGCUGCCGUCCCGCGACUCCAGCGAUUCCAAAUCCUUUCGGGGCCCCACACCCAGCGCCGCCUCCGACAGCUCCAGGGCCUCCACUUCCUCCAGCCAGCUGGACGGGCUGAGCCUCGUGCUGAGCACCCGCGACAGCCUGGAGGUGGACGCUGACAUCCAGCGGCUCCUCUCCCUCUUCGAGAUGCUGCUAGCCCAAUUCGACCGCGUCAACCAAGUGACGGAGGACGUGUACCGCAUCGAGCACCAGCUGGAGGGCUCGCAGAGCCGCCGCUGCAGGAGGAGGUGCGCGCAGGGGGCGGAGGACGUCCUCAGCAGGUACUGUGCGGGCAACGCAGAGCGGGGACCCUCGCCCGAAAUCUCCUCGGACAUUGACCCGCAGCUCCCACGGGACGCCCUGCUGUCCCCCCACUCCCCCACGGCCCCGCCGGGCAGCAGGGGCUCGGUGCCCAGCCGGCUCCUUCGUGCCAGCAGAGGCGUGAGCGCGGCGGCUUCCCUGCUGCCCCCGCACAAGGCGCACGCCGCGCUGGCUCCGGCCGUGAAGAAGAAGCGGCCUCUCCGGGCCAAGAACAGGGUGCACCCGACUGUCAAGUAGCCGAGCUGCGGGAGGGCAGAGCGAGCCUUGGAAAGGGUUUGCAGAGGCAGGCUGUGCCUGCCGAGCUCACCUGGAGCAUCGGGAGCUGCCGAGCACUGCGCCGUGCCGCUGCUGGCGAUGGGGCUGGCGCAGCCUCCGUCCUCCACGCUCCUGGCCUCGUGGCUCAGGCGUGCUGGUGUCCUCAUGGGUGGCUGCCAGCAUCAAGGGUUCAUAGGAAAAGGCUGAGCCUUUCCUUGUGGACAGCCGGGGAAGACGGCACGGGUUACGGUCAGCGUGCGGGGAAAAAAAAAAUGAUUACAGUAGGGCAGUAUUAAAAAGUUGUCUCUUUCGUUAAAUGGCCCCAUCUUCAAGCAGAUUCACAGCCUCAGGCGACUGUGAUGAGGACACUUUACUGGGGCCCAGCAUAGGGUGACUGGUACGAGGCUCACCGCCCCUUCCCUGCUGGCUGUGCCAGGUGGAAGGGGGAGAGGGGAGCCCCUGGCCUUGAGGGGUUGAACUGAAUCUUGGAUGUUGCCGACCAGACGCACUGUGGAGGAAAGCUACAGGUUUCAAGAAGAUAUUUAACCUUUUUUUUUUUUUUUUUUUUAAGCAUAAAUAUAUAUAGAUAAAUAUCUACACCCAGAUCAGUUAAUUUCCAGUAUUGGCUACUUUUAUCCUCCGGAAAUUGGUAUUAUUUGUAUUUAAAGAGAUCCGAUAUUUAAAACAAAGGACAUUGCAAGCGGCGAGCUGCCAGCCCUGCUGCCCGGCCAGGCUCGGAGGGGUAAGGAGCAGCAGUUUGACCCGAAAGGGCUGGAGACCUGGGGCUGCUUUCAGUCGGCGCUGAGCAGGGGGUUGCCAACGUGCUGGCUUCGCUGCGGACCCCCCAUCCCCACCCCACCACCCACCAGCGCUCGCCCCCCGCGCGGCAGCCCAGGGGUGAGCGUGCUGCUGGCUGCUUGGCUUUUCUAACCCAAGGAAUGUAUUGACGUAAGUAUAUGUAUUUUUUUGGUUUACUUGUUCGUAUGUACUGCCCAGCACUUUAAACAAUGCUUUCCUCAGCUAACAAUGACACAUGCGAUCUAACAAGAACGGGAUAAUAUAUCACAGAAGCAGUAUUUUUGUUGUUGUUGUUUAAAUCAUAAACUGAAAUGAGCAAGUGAGGAUAAACUGAACGCAGCCCCCACCCCAGCUGGCCACGGCGUUACCUCCUGGGCUCUUUGUGAAGUCCAACUGCAUUUGGAGGGGACUCAAACAGAGCUUUUUAGGGGGCCAGGAGGAGGCAGAGGCCCUGUAGCCCUGCCUGGUGACUCGCAGCACGCUGGGGCUGUGCCUGUGCUUGCAGGGUUGGGGCAGCGAGCACCACGACCCCUGAAGCCUUGCCAGGGCCUGCGUUCACUUUGUCCUCACCAUUUCACAUGAUGUAUAUUGUAAGUAAUUUAUAUGUUGGUUUCUGUUUUUUUUAAAUGUAUAUAUUUUUGUAUGUUUGCUAUAUUUUCAUAGCAUCGGUAACGUGUUUGAAACAUGUAGAUAGGAGACAGAACACUAUUGUCAGAGUUAUUUAAAGGAUGUAUUAAGUGCUUCUUCCUGGGAAUGUCCCGUGUAUAUAAAGUAUUAGGUGUCUGUGUGCAUGUGGUGCGUGUGCUCUCGAGGUUUGGGCCGGGCUGGCUCAGGGCCAGUCCCCGCAGGUGGAGCAGAGCGUGGUGGGGAUCCCGCAGUGCACAAGGUGGUUUUCCUGAAUCUGCUCCCUGCUUUGGAGUGUAACUGAAGGGAAGCAUUGAGCAGCACAAACGCUGCUGCAGGGGACAGUGUGUCUUGCCUCUGGUGCUGCUGCUCCUGGCAGCAUCGUUCCUAGGACUGCCCGGACCAGGGAGGAGACCGCUGGGAGCAGUCAGACGCUUCUUGGAUGCUUCCAUUGGUGAGUCUCCUCCUCCAGCUCCCAGCACUUUCUGCCAUGCUGUUAAAUACGCGUGAAGAUUUCAUUCCUGGGCUUCAGCUGCCUGCCCCUGUCCCUUCUGGGUGACUGUGGGAAGAUGCACGGGUGCUCUUUGUGAUGGCUGUGGGACUGGUGUAAAUUGCCCUUGGAAAAACUCCAUUGUUAUGAAGGAUAUGGGCUGUGGAAGGUUGCAGAAGGCUGCAGACAGGAGCAGAGGUGUGCUGUAGAAUGAAGAUCGCUUACAGUGAGUUGGUGGUUGGUCACCGUAAAUUAGGUUGCAAGAGUAGAUUUUGGAGGGAAGUAGAGUGCAGAGUGGAGAAAACUGUUAGUACCCAGAAAGCUUUCCUCAGGGAAAGGAAGAGGCAGGUUGAAGAGAUGGCAGAGAAGUGCCUGGAAUUGAGUAGAACAAGGGGAGAGGGGCAAUGCCAGCCCUGGAGCAGCUGGGGAUGGGGUUCUCACACGGGAGAGCUCCUAAGCACAACUGCACCAGAACAGCCACUUUUGGAGCUGAAGUUUAAAUGGGACUGCGCAUUUCCUUCCUGCUGCAGUGGAAUAAUGGCUGUGUAUACAGCCACCCCUAAGGGCUGUGCCCCCUUCCCCUUGGUUAGAGGUGCCUGCUCGCUGUGGUCAGUGCCACAGCAGCGUGGGACAGGGACGGGGCUGUCAGUGCCAGCCUGGGAGCCAGGGGGACUGGGUGCUGAGUGACCAAACCAAGCAGGUCUUGGAAGGCUCUGGGGCCUGGCAUCAUCAAAAGCCCUUUUCCCCACCCACCUCCCAAAAAAAGAAGCAGUUCAGAGCUCAGAUCCUUCCCCCUGACUCCCAGCUUAGGUAUGUUCAUUGAAAUAGAAGUUGUUACUAAAGUACAGGUAGGAGAGAGGGAGGCAAGAGGCAGCAGUGAGCAGGGACCCGAGUGCUCAGAACAGCCUUCAAUAAGCUAAAUGUGCGGGCUGGACAAGGAUGCUCCCCAGUGAAGCAUCGGGAUUCUUGGUCCCAAGUGUCUGUUCCUUACCAAGCUUGCUUUGUGUGUGUGUGUGAGUGUGAGGUGAUGCACGUGACUUACCAAGUGCUUCUUCUAAUCAAAGAGGAGCAGAAACAGGCCAAGACAACUGUCCUACUUCUUACCUUAACUUGAAGUACGGAGAGCAGCUCUGGAACCCACACAGUUGUUUCUUGAAAAGUCAGACACCUCAGUGAGGGCCCACGUGCUUGGUGGGCACCACGGACAGCUUUCAAGCAAUCAUAGUUCUCAUUGCAGCAUUUAUUUGUACAAGCUAUAGCAAUACUCACAGGGUUCCUUCACUGUCACAGCUAAGGUUCCACGUAUACAAUGCACUUAGCUGCAGCCAGAGUUACUAGUCAUGGAGUUAUACUGUCAGCAGCAAUGAACUUGACUUACAGCCCUAACCACCAGGUACUCCUGAAUGUAUAUUUCUGUGUUUGUAAUCACCCAGAGAUGGUUUCUUAUUUAUUGUCUUAAGUCUCAUACAGAUGUAACAGUAUCAAGCUGCUUAAAUAAAAUAAAAAAACUAUCCACUAGUUUAAAAGGAAGAGGGAAGGACCUCUAUAUAAAUGCUUUUUUUUUUUUUUUUUUUUUUAAACAUGAUUGUGAUCAAUAUGCCAAUUUUAACUGUCUGGUCAGCAUUUCACUGCAAACAAAAAUACCGUAUUUUGUAACUGUGGGGAUGUUUCUUAAAAAAAUGACAAGGUCAAAUAAAAGAUGACUGCUA